UUUACUUUCAGUAUCGGGUAAUUUUCCCUCCCUCGCAAUCUGUUCAAUACUUCUUUCACACUUGGAAUCUGAAAUCACAAAACCCUUCACUCCAACCAUCACCUCCGGUCACCGGAACCCUCCCCCAUGUCCACCGCCAAAUCCCGCAACUUCCGCCGCCGUGGCGGCGACACCGAAUCUAAUGACGGCAACGACGGCGGCACCACCACCACCACUUUUCCUUCCAAGCCCACUUCCUCCGCCAAGCCCAAGAAGAAGCCUCAAGCGCCGAAGCUCCUCAGCUUCGCCGAUGAAGACGAACAAACUGACGAAAACCCGCGUCCACGCGCCUCCAAACCCUACCGUUCCGCCGCCACCGCCAAAAAACCGUCGUCCUCUCACAAAAUCACCACUCUCAAGGACCGAAUCGCGCAUUCCUCUUCCCCUUCAGUCCCUUCCAACGUUCAGCCCCAAGCCGGAACGUACACCAAAGAAGCCCUACGCGAGCUCCAGAAGAACACGCGAACGUUGGUCACUAGCAGCUCCUCUCGCUCCGAUCCCAAACCCUCCUCCGAACCUGUCAUUGUCCUGAAGGGACUCGUGAAACCCUUAGGCUCGGAGCCCCAGGGUCGGGAUUCCUAUUCCGAAGGGGAACAUAGAGAAGUUGAAGCAAAAUUGGCCACUGUGGGCAUUCAGAAUAAGGAGGGCUCGUUUUAUCCUGAUGAUGAAACCAUCAGGGCUAUCCGGGCGAAGCGGGAGCGCCUCCGGCAGGCGCGCCCUGCUGCGCCGGAUUAUAUCUCGUUGGAUGGUGGGAGCAAUCAUGGUGCUGCUGAGGGGCUGAGCGACGAGGAGCCGGAGUUUCGGGGGCGGAUUGCGAUGUUUGGGGAGAAGGUGGAUGGUGGGAAGAAGGGUGUUUUUGAGGAGGUGGAGGAGAGGAUAAUGGAUGUGAGGUUCAAGGGUGGAGAGGAUGAGGUGGUGGAUGAUGAUGAUGAUGAGGAGGAGAAGAUGUGGGAAGAGGAGCAGUUUAGGAAAGGGUUAGGGAAGAGAAUGGAUGAAGGGUCUGCUAGGGUUGAUGUUUCUGUUAUGCAAGGUUCUCAAUCGCCGCACAAUUUUGUUGUUCCCUCUGCAGCAAAGGUGUAUGGUGCAGUUCCAAGUGCUGCAGCAUCAGUGAGUCCCAGCAUUGGAGGAGUGAUUGAAUCGUUGCCGGCUUUGGAUGUUGUGCCCAUAUCGCAACAAGCUGAGGCUGCUAGGAAAGCUCUGCUAGAGAAUGUGAGGAGGCUUAAGGAAUCUCAUGGAAGAACAAUGUCAUCAUUGAGUAAAACUGAUGAAAAUUUGUCUGCCUCGCUUUUGAACAUCACUGCUCUUGAAAACUCUUUAGUGGUAGCUGAUGAGAAGUACCGGUUUAUGCAAAAGCUCCGAAAUUAUGUCACAAAUAUAUGUGACUUUUUACAGCAUAAAGCAUUUUACAUUGAGGAACUUGAAGAGCAGAUGAAGAAACUUCAUGAAGAUCGUGCAUUAGCCAUUUCUGAAAGAAGAGCCACUAACAAUGAUGAUGAAAUGAUUGAGGUAGAAGAAGCUGUAAAAGCUGCAAUGUCAGUUUUAAGCAAGAAAGGUAACAAUAUGGAAGCUGCCAAAAUUGCUGCUCAGGAAGCAUUUUCUGCUGUAAGAAAACAAAGAGAUCUGCCAGUGAAGUUAGAUGAAUUUGGUAGAGAUCUAAAUCUUGAGAAACGAAUGAAUAUGAAGGCAAAAACAAGGUCUGAGGCUUGUCAACGUAAGAGGUCACAAGCAUUUGAUUCUAAUAAGGUCACAUCCAUGGAAUUGGAUGAUCAUAAAAUAGAAGGUGAAUCAAGCACUGAUGAGAGUGAUAGUGAGAGUCAAGCAUAUCAGUCACAAAGUGAUUUGGUGCUGCAGGCUGCUGAUGAGAUUUUCAGUGAUGCUUCUGAGGAAUAUGGUCAAUUAUCCUUGGUCAAAAGUAGAAUGGAAGAAUGGAAAAGAGAGCAUUCGUCAAGCUAUAAAGAUGCUUAUAUGUCAUUGAGUCUUCCACUGAUCUUCUCUCCAUAUGUAAGAUUGGAACUCCUGAGGUGGGACCCACUUCACAAUGGUGUAGAUUUUCAAGAGAUGAAAUGGUAUAAAUUGUUGUUCACUUAUGGUUUGCCUGAAGAUGGAAAAGAUUUUGUUCACGAUGAUGGAGAUGCUGACCUCGAACUUGUCCCAAACUUGGUGGAAAAGGUUGCACUUCCUAUUCUGCACUAUGAAAUUUCCCAUUGCUGGGACAUGGUGAGUCAACAAGAAACAGUGAAUGCUAUUGCUGCUACAAAAUUGAUGGUGCAGCAUGUGUCUCAUGAAAGUGAAGCUCUUGCUGAUUUGCUAGUUUCCAUUCAAACACGCUUAGCUGAUGCUGUUGCUGAUCUUACAGUCCCAACAUGGAGUCCGUCUGUACUAGCUGCUGUUCCAGAUGCUGCACGAGUUGCAGCAUAUCGGUUUGGUGUGUCUGUUCGAUUGUUGAGAAAUAUUUGCUUGUGGAAGGAUGUAUUUUCAAUGCCAGUAUUAGAGAAGGUUGCUCUAGAUGAGCUUUUGUGCAGAAAAGUUCUACCUCACUUAAGAGUCAUAUCAGAAAAUGUUCAAGAUGCAAUAACAAGAACUGAACGGAUUAUUGCUUCCCUAUCUGGGAUCUGGGCUGGUCCAAGUGUCAUUGGAGACAAAAACCGUAAAUUGCAGCCUCUGGUGACUUAUGUGCUGUCACUUGGAAGGAUUCUGGAGAGAAGAAAUGUGCCAGAAAAUGACACAAGUCAUCUAGCUCGUCGAUUAAAGAAAAUACUAGCUGACCUCAAUGAAUAUGAUCAUGCUAGGAACAUGGCUAGAACCUUCCAUCUCAAGGAGGCAUUGUGAGCUUGCUUGGAAUUCAUGUUUUGUUAUAAUUGGUGUCUUGGUUUGUUGUGGAGUCUGGCCCUAGGUUAACCCUUCUUGGUGCAAUUUUAGAUAGCUUUUUGACCUUUACACAAGUCUUCAUCAGAGUAUGCUUAUGAUUGCAUCUUGACCUUCAAAUCCUGAGGAGGCAUCAUUCUCUCUUACAAUAGAGGGAUGAAGACUUAAUGGAACAUUUGUACCUAAUUGAGGACCUCCAUUGCUCCUUGUGAACCACGAUUAGGAACCAAAUAAUCAUUAUUCCCUAUCUCUAUUUGGGGGUGCAGAGGGAGUUUCAUUUUAUCUUUUUUCAUUACCUAUGCUUAUGCUAGAGACCCUGGAGGACAUUGUAAAAUUUUCCAUACUCAUCUAAUUAUAGAUCACAUUUGAUAUUGAUAUGAAAUAACUUGUAUAAGGUCCAUUCUAACAUUAUUUUUGGUAAUUGAGUGGAUUUGGUGGCAGAGGUAUUUAUA